GAAUCCAUUAUUUUGAAUUAAGCGUUGUGGAAGAUGUGACCAGCAGGGAGAGACAGUGAGGUGUCUUGCGAACGGCAGUUGGUAUUGGUUAGGCUGGGAGAGGGACUUGCAGCUUCAGUACCAUAUUGCAAUCUCACUACAGUGCGGAGAGUGGAGAGGAGAGGCUGCUUCAUGUUGCUGCCGGUGCCGCCUUUGUUUUAAGGAAAACUGUUACGCAUCGGUCUACGGAGGGAAAGGAAACAUUGAUCACCGAUUGCAAAAGGGGAACCUAAAAAAACAUGUACCUUAAAGGAGGCGUGCUGUUGACGCUCCUAGCAGCUUUUCAGGUGUCCGCUGAAGGCCGUGGAGCCCGGUUGUGCAAGCCUGGAUUUUCGGAGGAGGUGUACCACGCGACAAUCCCCGCCAGCCUGACUGAGGGACAAGCCCUUCUAAAUGUGAGAUUUGUCGACUGCGGCAGGAGCGUUCGGCUGCAGUACGGGAGCAGCGACCCGGCGGACUUCAGGAUAGGGGGCGACGGAGUGCUCUACGCCGCCAGGAGCUUCCGCGUCCCCGGCGCGCGCGCCCGGCUGCUGGUGGUCGGGGCCGAGGAUGAGGACUCCAGGGAGCGCUGGCAAACACGCGUCAACCUGACCCCAGCGACCAGCAGAACGCCGCAGGGUCAGGACUCUGGCGAGCCCCAGCAGGUGCAGGAGAUCCAGUUCCCGCCGCGGCGCAGAGAUGGCGGCGCCCUGCUGAAGCGCAUCAGGAGAGACUGGGUCAUCCCCGCCAUCAACGUGCCCGAGAACUCCCGCGGCCCCUUCCCCCAGGAGCUGGUCCGGAUCAGGUCGGACCGCGACAAGAACCGCCUCCUACGGUACAGUGUCACGGGACCCGGCGCAGACCAGCCCCCGACCGGCAUCUUCAUCAUUAAUCCAAUUUCGGGACAGCUGUCUGUGACUAAGCCGCUGGACCGAGAGCAGAUAUCCAACUUCCACCUCAGGGCACACGCGGUGGACCUGAACGGAAACCAGGUGGAGAACCCCAUCGACAUCGUGGUCAACGUGAUCGACAUGAACGACAACCGGCCCGAGUUCAUCCACCAGACCUGGAACGGCAGCGUUGCGGAGGGAUCGAAGCCAGGAACGUUUGUGAUGACCGUCACGUCGCUGGACAAGGACGACCCGGGCACCGCCAACGGAAUCCUGCGGUACAAGAUCCUGUCCCAGUCUCCCGAGAGCCCCACGUCCAACAUGUUCACCAUCAACAACAAGACCGGCGGCAUCAUCACCGUGGCCGCCGGCCUGGACAGAGAGAAAGUGCAGCAGUACACAUUGAUCAUUCAGGCCACAGACAUGGAGGGAAAUCCCACGUACGGGCUCUCCAACACGGCGACCGCCGUCAUCAGAAUCACAGACAUCAACGACAACCCUCCGGAGUUCACCGCCGACACCUUCUAUGGGGAGGUGGCAGAGAACAGGGUAAACGUCAUCGUGGCCAACCUGACGGUGACGGAUAAGGACCAGCCCAACCGGCCGGCGUGGAACGCGGUGUACAAGAUCACUGGAGGGGACGCCUUGGGCCUGUUCAGCGUCCCGACCGACCCCACCACUAACGAGGGCCUGGUUACCGUUGUCAAGCCUAUCGACUACGAGACGAGCCGGACGUUCGAGCUGACGGUGGUGGCGGAAAACGAGGUGCCCCUGGCCAGGGGGAUCCACCUCCCCCGUCAGUCGACGGCGACGGUCUCCAUUAGGGUCGUCGACGUGAACGAGAGCCCCGAGUUCCACCCCAACCCGAAAACCCUGCGGACGGAGGAGGGGUUGUCGCCGCAAACCGUCCUGAUGGCCUACACCGCCCAGGACCCCGACCGCUUCAUGCAACAGACAAUCAGAUACUCGAAGCUUCACGAUCCUGCAAACUGGCUGAAGAUUGACCCGGUGAACGGGCGAAUCACGACCAUCGCCGUGCUGGACCGAGAGUCGCCGUACGUGAAGGACGACAUGUACAACGUCACGUUCCUGGCCGCCGACAACGGUGUCCCCCCGGCCAGCGGGACGGGCACGCUGCAGAUCUACCUGAUGGACAUCAACGACAACGCGCCACACAUCCAGCCGCAGGAGGCGGAGAUGUGCGAGAAGCCCGAGCCCAACGCCAUCAACAUCACGGCCGAGGACCGCGACCUCAGCCGCAACGCCGGGCCCUUCGCCUUCGAGCUGCUGCCCGCCGUCCGCAAGAACUGGACGCUCACGCGCAUCAGCAGCGACCACGCCCAGCUGGCGCUGAGGAUCGGCUUCCUGGAGAGCGGCGUGUACGAGGUCCCCGUGGUGAUCACGGACUCGGGAAACCCGCCGCUGUCCAACACGUCCUACCUGCGCGUGAAGGUGUGCCAGUGCGACCGCAGCGGCGACUGCGCCGACGUGGAGCGCAUCGUCGCUGCCGGGCUGGGCACCGGCGCCAUCAUCGCCAUCCUGCUCUGCAUCAUCAUCCUCCUGAUCCUGGUGCUGCUGUUCGUGGUGUGGAUGAAGCGGAGGGAUAAGGAGCGGCAGGCCAAGCAGCUGCUCAUCGACCCCGAGGACGACGUGCGCGACAACAUCCUCAAGUACGACGAGGAGGGGGGCGGCGAGGAGGACCAGGAUUACGACCUGAGCCAGCUCCAGCAGCCUGACACGGUGGAGCCGGACGCCAUCAAGCCCGUGGGGAUCCGCCGCCUGGACGAGAGGCCCAUCCACCCCGAGCCCCAGUACCCCGUCCGGUCUGCCGCGCCCCACCCGGGGGACAUCGGCGACUUCAUCAACGAGGGACUGAAGGCGGCGGACAACGACCCCACGGCCCCGCCCUACGACUCGCUGCUGGUGUUCGACUACGAGGGCAGCGGCUCGACCGCGGGCUCCCUGAGCUCCCUCAACUCGUCCAGCAGCGGCGGCGACCAGGACUACGACUACCUCAACGACUGGGGGCCGCGCUUCCGGAAGCUGGCGGACAUGUACGGCGGGAGCGACGACUAACGGGGGGAGGAG